GCAGGCAAGUAACGCGAAUUCCAGGACGAAGGAGUGGAGUCAGUCGGUCAGUCAGAAGAAGAAGAAGAAAAAAAAAAAAGGAUCAUACGCGCGCGCGCCCACGCACUGCGUCUAGAUGGCUCCAGUUGUUUUGAAACAGAGAGCUGUAGAAGCAACAGCAUGGGUGGUGGUUUUGGGUAUCAUAAUGGUGAGUCGGGUGGGUGGUGCAGAGAGGCUCUCCAGACAUGUUUGUGGAGAAGUUUCGGCUGAGGAAGAGACGGGAGAAGAAGGUUUUAUGGUCAGGCUCGUUAAUUUCCUGUGGCAGAGCGGGAAAUCUAUUUAUCACCAUGUUUGGCCGGAGAUGGAGUUUGGAUGGAGAUUGGUACUGGGAUCAAUAAUCGGAUUCUUUGGGGCAGCAGUGGGCAGCGUUGGAGGAGUCGGUGGUGGUGGAAUUUUCGUGCCAAUGCUCACCUUGAUCAUCGGCUUCGACCCCAAAUCCUCCACUGCCAUUUCUAAAUGUAUGAUCAUGGGUGCAGCGGGGUCAACAGUGUAUUACAAUCUGAGACACCGGCACCCAACGCUGGAGUUGCCCAUCAUUGAUUAUGAUCUAGCUCUGCUCUUUCAGCCCAUGCUCAUGUUAGGCAUCAGCAUUGGGGUUGCCUUCAAUGUCAUGUUUGCUGAUUGGAUGGUCACUGUUCUGCUUAUCAUCCUCUUUCUGGGUACAUCGACUAAAGCAUUAUUCAAAGGCAUAGAGACUUGGAAGAAAGAGACUAUAAUGAAGAAGGAGGCGGCCAAAUUAUUGGAGUCAGAAUCUAAACCGACUGAUGGUCCUGGGCUGGAAUACAAACCAUUACCAAGUGGUCCAAAUCCAUUGCUAGAUGAUGAGGUUCCAUUGAUAGAUAACAUUUACUGGAAAGAAUUAACGCUGCUUGUGCUUGUGUGGGUGGCCUUCCUUGCUGUACAGAUAGUUAAGACUUACGCCAAAACAUGCUCUUUGGAGUACUGGCUUCUAAACUUGAUACAGGUACCAAUUGCUGCCUCUGUGUCACUAUAUGAAGCCAUCUGCUUGUACAGAGGAAAGAGAGUAAUUGCGUCCAAGGGUAAAGAAUUAACAAACUGGAAAGUGCCCCUGCUUUUCCUUUACUGCUUCUGUGGGAUAGUUGCUGGUAUAGUUGGCGGAUUACUUGGUCUUGGAGGAGGCUUCAUCUUGGGACCCCUUUUUCUUGAAUUGGAAGUUCCUCCUCAGGUAGCAAGUGCAACAUCAACUUUUGUAAUGGUUUUCUCAUCCUCCAUGUCAGUUGUACAGUAUUACCUUCUCAAGCGUUUUCCGGUCCCAUAUGCUUCCUAUUUUGUUUUAGUUGCAACAAUUGCUGCAUUUACUGGUCAGCAUGUGGUGAGAAAAUUAAUAACACUACUUGGCCGUGCAUCCAUAAUCAUCUUCAUCCUAGCUAUGACCAUAUUUGUAAGCGCGCUAAGUUUAGGUGGCGUGGGCAUAGCAAAUAUGCUUGAAAUGCUGGAGCAUAACGAAUAUAUGGGGUUUGAAAGUCUGUGUCAAUAGAAAAAAAAAAAGCUUGUAUUUUUGAAUGUUGUCUGGGUUCUCAUUGUAUAAUAGCCAUGUCUCUUCCCCAACCAACUAGUUGCCAGUUACCUGAAAGUACAAGCCCUUGUGUAUUUGUGAUACUAUAUAUGUAUCCUAUUCCUAAAAAAUGGCUGUUGAGACCUCAUUGGCAGAGCUCCAUUAUGUCUACCGCCCCUCCCCUCUCAAUUUUCCUUCUGUACAGGACUCGCCAAUAUUGGAUAAUCAACGAGUCACUUGGCAAUUAAGUUAGUUCCAUAAUGGUGUAAGAUGUUUCU